GACUAUUUUCAUGAUCAUGGGAGGUGUGAGAGAACUGCUGCUCUUUGUGUUGACUGUGGGGGUUGUGAAAGUUUCUUGUUACCCUGUUGGAAAGUCCCAGAAGCAAGAGCAAGUCUCUCUGCAGAGGAGACUUGGAGAGCUGUCAUCAAAUGACGUCUCCAUUGUGCAUGCCCUGGCCUUGCUCCGAUCCAUAGGGUCUGACGCUAAACAAGACAGAGAAGAGUAUUUCAGGACUAAUGAAGUAGAAUCCCAAGCUUCUCCAAACCAUGGUAGCUCUCUGGCAAAUGAUAACCUGUCCUCUGACGACGCUACCUCUGAAGCUGCCGCUGGCCCGUCUGACGACGCUACCUCUGAAGCUGCCGCUGGCCCGUCUGACGACGCUACCUCUGAAGCUGCCGCUGGCCCGUCUGACGACGCUACCUCUGAAGCUGCCGCUGGCCCGUCUGACGACGCUACCUCUGAAGCUGCCGCUGGCCCGUCUGACGACGCUACCUCUGAAGCUGCCGCUGGCCCGUCUGACGACGCUACCUCUGAAGCUGCCGCUGGCCCGUCUGACGACGCUACCUCUGAAGCUGCCGCUGGCCCGUCUGACGACGCUACCUCUGAAGCUGCCGCUG